AUGACUUUGAAUGAAAAUUCAAGCCUAACAUCUAAAAUUAUGAGCUUUUGGAAUUCAUUUCAGAAUCAAUAUGAUCCUAUACAACCUCGUAAUACAAGUCGACAUGCUCAUAAUUUUGCUCGAAUACGGAAGACUCUGCUCGAUACGACUGCAAAAUUUAAUAACCGAGAUGAUAAAGCAUUGGAAGAAAUUAAAAGAUAUGAAGAUUUUAUGACAAUUGAUUGGGUUCAAGAUGCUAUAUAUGAACGAUCGAGAAUGAAUGCAUUACGAAGUGCAGCGAUAGAAAAUAGGUUUUCAUGGAAUACUUGGUUUCGUCUUUCUUACGAAUCAAGUCAAGCCUGGAUUGUUGUAUCGAUAGUUGGUGCAAUUAUUGGCCUUAAUGCGGCAUUAACUGACAUUAUCACAGAGUGGCUUUCAGAUAUAAAAUUUGGUUAUUGUAAGAAUUCUUGGUGGUUAAAUCAGAAAUUUUGUUGUUGGGAGGUUGAGAGGCCAGCUCCAUAUGGAGCUGGUUCUGGUAUUUCUGAAAUAAAAUGUAUUUUAGCCGGGUUUAUUAUGAAAGGAUUUUUGGGUGGUCGUACAUUGAUACUGAAAAGUGUGAGUUUGCCUUUGGCCAUUGCGUCAGGAUUAAGUGUUGGAAAGGAAGGUCCCUCAGUGCAUACGGCUGCUUGUGUUGGAAAUGUUGUUUCAAAACUGUUUGGAAAAUAUACCAGAAACAAAGCUAAAAUGCGUGAAAUUUUGUCUGCCUCAUGCGCGGCUGGUGUAGCUGUCGCUUUUGGUUCACCAAUUGGAGGUGUAUUAUUUUCAUUCGAGGAAAUGAGCUCAAAUUUUCCUAUGAAAACUAUGUGGCGUAGCUUUUUUUGUGCAUUAGUAGCAACUGCUGUUUUGCAGGCUAUGAAUCCUUUCAGAACUGGAAAACUUGUAAUGUUUCAAGUCACUUAUGACCGGGAAUGGCAUUAUUUUGAAAUCAUCUUUUUUGUAAUAUUGGGUGCAUUUGGCGGUUUAUAUGGCACAUUAGUCACAAGAUUCAAUAUCAAAGUUCAAUAUUUCAGGAAAAAGUAUUUAAAAGAUUAUGCAGUGGCAGAAGCAGUUAUACUUGCUGGUAUUACUGCACUAUUUGGUUAUCUUAAUAUAUUUAUGAAAUUAGACAUGACUGAAGCUCUGGGAAUCCUUUUUGAGGAAUGUGAAGGGAAGAAACAUUAUGAUUAUGAAGAUCUUUGCAAAAACUCGGAUUUUUCGAAAGGAUCAGAGAUUGUUAGAAUUAUGGUACUAUUAUUAAUAGCAACCAUUCUUCGAACUUUUUUCAUUAUAAUAACAUAUGGAUCAAAAGUUCCCGCUGGUAUAUUUAUCCCUUCGAUGGCCGUUGGAGCAACUUUUGGAAGGUUUUUUGGUCUUUGCGUGAAAUCUCUGCACACUGCAUAUCCUACGUUUCCAUUAUUUGCAUAUUGCAAACCGGAUGUACCAUGUGUCACACCUGGGAUGUACGCAUUCUUGGGUGCUGCUGCUGCUUUAAGCGGUGUCAUGCAUCUUACAGUUUGUAUAGUCGUCAUUAUGUUCGAAUUGACAGGGGCUUUGACAUAUAUUUUACCUACAAUGAUUACUUUGAUGAUAACUAAGACUGUUUGUGAUAUGUUUGGCAAGGAUAAAGAAGAGUAUUCGUUUGGAGUUCCAGAUAUAACUGUAAUGACAGCAUCGGGCUUAAAAUUGGAUGAAAUUGAUCAAAUUCUGCUAGAAACAAAUUUUCAGGGGUUUCCUGUUGUACAAGAUAAGAAAAGUAUGAUGCUGUUGGGAUAUAUUGGUCGUGUAGAGCUAAAAUAUGCUAUAGAUAAAGCAAAGAGAGUCCGAGGAGCAUCCAAUACUGCACAUUGUUUUUUCAACCCUGACGAUACUACAUUUAUUAAUAGCGGUGGUAAUGGAGAAGGAUCAUCAAAUUUCAUCGAUUUUGCUCUUUUUAUUGAUCAGACACCAAUCACAGUCCAUCCACGCCUACCACUAGAAACAGUUAUGGAUUUAUUUAAAAAAAUGGGUCCACGUGUCAUUCUAAUAGAACACGUUGGUAGGUUAGUUGGUCUUGUAACAGUGAAAGAUGUAUUAAAAUAUAUUGCUCGAAGGGAUGCCGAAGAGCAAAAUAAAGAUGCUAGUAGCGAUGGUCGUACAGAACCAGCAUCUAGUUAUUUUAAUGAUGAAAGAAAUUUACCAAGAAAGCGUAGUAUAAUUUCAUUAACAGAAUUGGGAAAAAGAAAUGUGCAUAAGUAA